AUGCAUCUCUUCCGCCGAGGCACAUCCUCGCUCUUUAGCUCCUCGAACGUCUCUCUCGCCUCCUCCAAGACCGAUGCGACGACUGACGCUGUUGGCGACAAUGAUAAGGCGGUUGAGGGAUUCCGUUCUAUCUCGGAAUCAGCUCAGCUGUUCCCCAAACCGGACCCGGCAGUCGACGGCGAGGAAUGCUUGCACGAUUGCGCCACGUGCACUGUGAAGUACCCCGCCAAGUUUGACGUUGAUACGAUAGACGAGCUAUAUGGACAAGUGAAAGGGUGGGCCACACACAUGCUUGUUGCGACAGGCAAGUCCGAUUGGGUUCGUGAUGUUGCCGACGAAGCUGGGAGUAUCAUGGAGGCAAUUGAGAAGGGAGGAGUAGAGCCUAGCAAUGGGCGCCUCAAGCUCUCGGCAUCGAACAUGCCCGUCCCAGACGAAUAUCACAUGCACGAAGCAGGAAGCCAACCCACGAACGUCCUCAUCCUCCCCAGCUUCACUGUCGUCGAGAAUGUCACACCGCAGCUAGCUCCAGAGCUGAUCGAGAACUUCGUGAACAAGGGACACACCACUACCACACCUUUGAAUGGUGUACCGGUUCCAGCAGAGACAGAAGAGGAACAACUUUCUGACUCCGUACCUCGCCCAUCAAACACAUCCAUCACCUCUCUCCGCUCUCACCCAUGCCCACACGCGGCCGUAAUUCUUCUCUGCUCGCAACGUACUCGCGAUGCCCGCUGCGGCCAAUCCGCACCCUUGCUGCGUAAAGAGUUCGAGCGUCACCUACGCCCACUGGGUCUAUACCGUGAUAUGGACGAUACACGACCCGGAGGUGUAGGAAUCUAUUUUAUCAGUCACGUCGGUGGACACAAGUACUCUGCCAAUGUGAUUGUGUAUCGCCGCCGAGACUUUGAGUGGUAUAAGAAGGAGAAUGCGGAAGUUGAGAAUAGUGCGCAAGAGGGUGCGGCGCAGGGUAUUUGGUUGGCGCGUGUACGUCCGGAGGAGUGUGAAAACAUUAUUCGGUAUACUGUUCUGCAGGGUCAGGUCUUGAAGCCUGAGCAACAGUUGAGAGGUGGAUUUGAUCGGGAACGAGGCUUGACAAGCUGGUAA